UUCCGUUACUUCUGACUCUCGGGAUGGUUUUAGCUAGCCGAUGAAUUAAGCUAAUAAUGUAUGUUUGUGUCUCACAAUGUCAAUACACACACGUUUAUAUCGGUUACAUGUAUAACUUUGAAGGAAUCUGCUGAAAUUGUUGUCUGCCACAAUGGAACGUGAUAUUUUAGAUGUUCUGGAACAAAUCGGGUAUGACGGACCUCUGCAGGAGGAGGAGACGCUUGUCAAAGCAUGUGAAGGUGGACUGUCAUCACCUGAGUAUAUCAACCUUUGCAUGUGGUUUAAAUCCCGUCUGACACCGUUAUGUGACCUGGAAGAGAGCAGUACAUCAGGUUAUGGUGAUACUGAUGGCCUUCGGUUUGAGAUGAGUGGUAUGCUGAAGGAGUUGGAGUGCCCCUAUCAAGGCCUUGUCUCCGGGAUUCUACAGGGAGGGCUGCAGAAUAAAAAAGACCAUCUAAAGCUAGUAUUGUUUUUAAGCUCAGAGGUACAAGCUGCACAGAUUGUGAAGAGCCGACUUGUUGAGGACAAACAACACAAAGACAGAAACGAUCUCCAGGCAAUCUGUGAAACACUGAAGCUCCCACAGCCAAGAGGGCAGGAAGUAGUAGAGCUGUUCUCCGGGAUAGAACAAAAGAUAAACGCAGUGCUUCAAGAGCUUCCAAAGGAUCACAUUGGAAAGCCUGUGCUGAAGAACAAUCUCGACAGUGAACAGUGGGAAAGGCUGGAGGAGAUCAACACGGUCCUGUCCUCACAGUAUGAGUGUCGGCGGAGGCUGCUGAUCAAACGUCUGGACGUCACUGUGCAGUCUUUCGGCUGGUCAGACAGAGCCAAGGAGAGAGUUGACUGUAUGGCCAGGGCCUACCAGCCUAAGAGACACUCCCUGGCCCAGAUGUCGUCUGUGGGCAUGGCUCACCUGCUGGCAGCCAGGGAGGACAUAUGCAACGUGGUGAAGACCAGCAGUGGCUCAAGCAGAAAGAAUACUGCCUGUGCCGUCAAUAAGAUCCUGAUGGGAAGGGUGCCAGAUCGCGGUGGUCGGCCCUCUGAGAUAGAUGCCCCCCUCCCUGAGAUGCCAGCCUGGCAGAAGAGACAAGAUGGAGGUUUUGGCGGUCGUGGUGGUGGUCGGGGAGGUGGUGGUGGUCGGGGAGGUGGUGGUGGUAGUUGGGGAGGUGGUGGUAGUUGGGGAGGUGGUGGUAGUUGGGGAGGGGGUAAGGGUGGCUGGCGAGGAGGGGGUGGAGUAGGAGGGGGCGUUGGUUGGGGUCACGGAGGAAAGAGAGGACGUUAUCAAUACUAACAAUGAUUUAUUUUUGACUGAAAGCCAAACAGUGUUAACUGAAACCUACUCAUGUGUACCUGCUUCGCUAAGGGCAACAGUAAGGCAUUGUUUAUUUGGAGUGAUGUGGACUUGACUGAGAUUUACAGAAUACUACUGUAGGAAAACUCCAAAAUAUUUGUCACCCAUUUUUGUGUUCAUUUUCAAUACUGUUAUGAACUGUGCUGCUGAGGAUCGUUGUAGAAGCAACGAGUCAAACUCACUGCCCAUUUUUUUAUAGAUUUAUUCUAUUAUUUUGGUAACACUUUACUUGAUACCCAGUGUUAACACGUUAUGACACGGUCAUAACCUGUUAUAAUACUGUCAUGAUGCAUAUAUUUACACCAGUUGUGACAUUGUUCUAUUUUAUUGCUGGUUAUGACACCUACAUAAGUGUCAACCCACAUUUAUUGAAAUUAGAUUUUCCCUGCCAAGAAAUGUCCUUUCAUUUGAAAGUUUCUCUUUAAAUCCUUUGUUUUUGUUUAGUCAUGUAUUUUUUAAUAAACGUUUUAACUUGUAGAAAAUACUCUUUAUGACAGUCAUGAAGAUUUAGGACCAUCCUGUUUUUUUUUUUACUUGGACUAAGAAAAUACACUUUAUGACACUGUCAAGAAGCAUUAUGACCAUAUUAUCACACAAGCCAGAUAGGCCUAUCACGUACAUGCCCUUAUAUCAGUCAAAAGGAGGGUGUCUUGUCCUGCUCCUGAAGUCAUCAGCAACCGAGCAUGGGGCUAGGUGCAUGUCUGACGUCAAUGUGUGCACAAUUACAAUGAUCAUUUAACAUGGUAAAUAUAAAAUAAUAUACAUCAUAAACAUACUGUUACAUACAGCACCAGUCAAAAGUCUGGACACUCCUACUCAUUCAAGGGUUUUUAUUCUUAUUAUUUUCUACAUUGUACAAUAAUAGGGAAGACAUCACAACUAUGAAAUGACACAUGGAAUCAUGCAGUAAUCAAUUAAAGUGUAUAUAUUUUAAAUUCUUCAAAGAAGCCACCCUUUGCCUUGAUGACAGCUUUGCACACGGUUGGCAUUCUCUCAACCAGCUUCACCUGGAAUGCUUUUCCAACGAUCUUGAAGUAGUUUCCACAUAUGCUGAGCACAUGUUGGCUGCUUUUUGUUCACUCUGUGGUCCAUUCUAAAUAAACCACAGACAGUAUCACUAGCAAAGCACCAAAACACCUCCUCCAUGCUUCAAGGUGGGAACCACACAUGCAGAGAUCAUCCGUUCACCUACUCUGCGUUUCACAAUUACAAUGAUAAUUUAACCUGGUAAAUAAAAUAAAAAAUAAAUACAUAAACAUACUGUUACAUAGGCUAUGGUGUAAUGCAAUGUUUUGCCUUGUGUGGUAGGUUUGGUGUGUUUUGACACAUAUGUCAUAACCGGCCAUAAAAUAACGCAAUAUAUGUCACGACAGUGUUAUGACCAACUAUAACAGGCUAUGACAAGUUGUCAGCUGUUGUGACAUGUCAUGGUUAUGACCGUGUCAUAACGUGUUAUGACGCUGGGUGUCAAUUAAAGUGUUACACAUAUUUUCUAUACUGAUGUUAUGUUGGUAGAUUAAGCUAAUUAAAAUUGUUGGAAAUUUGAAUCAUGGUAAUUAUUUUUUUGAUUUGAAGACAAUUCCAUCCAUAAUCGCAGAUGUUCAGCACCAUAGUGUCAUUGAAAUUGAAAGAUCAUUUCAGAUUGAGCUGACAUACAGUAGGCCUACGUGGAGACUGUGAAUGCAGUCUCCACGAACACAGGAACAUGGCCUUUACCAUCUUAAUCGUGCUAUAGCACUGUACUUCCGCAAUCCAAUUGAAUCUAAUCCUUAAUCUGAUUGAUUUGAAAAAUAAAAUGUUUAUCAGUUUAAAA